AUGCUAUCGAUCUCUAGGCUGAUCAUUGCCGCGAUGUGCAGCCAAACAUUGGCCUCAACAACUGCCAUACCUUUCGACGCUCGCGAGGCGACAAUCGACUCUGUUCAUCAUGCACUCUAUUCUGGUCUCUCAACGUGUCGAGAAGUCGUCUCGUCGUUCAUCGCCAGAAUCGAAGCUCACAACUAUCGGACGAACGCUAUCAUCGCCCUCAAUCCCAAUGCACUGAGCAUUGCAGAUGCUUUGGAUGAGCAGCUCUCUGCAGGGAACGCAACUGGAGUCCUCUUCGGCGUCCCCAUCCUGUUAAAGGACAAUUACGACACUGUCGAUAUGCCAACUACAGGAGCCAGCCUAGCACUUGCAAAGUCGCAACCAACUGAAGAUGCACCCAGUGUAGUGGCUCUGAAGAAUGCAGGAGCUAUCAUCCUCGGUAAGACUAAUCUACAUGAGCUUGCUUUGGAAGGAAUUAGCGUGUCUUCCUUGGGUGGACAGACUAUCAAUCCCUACGAUGCAACGCGCACGCCCGGUGGAAGCUCUGGAGGUACAGGAGCAGCUGUUGCAUCUUCUUUCUGCGUCCUUGGCACUGGCACAGAUACUGUCAACUCGCUGCGAAGUCCAGCAUCAGCCAACUCCUUGUGCAGCAUUCGACCUACAAGGGGCCUUGUAACUCGUACUGGUAUCAUACCUAUAUCCUACACUCACGACACGAUUGGGCCUAUUGCAAGAUCGAUUAAGGACGUCGCCACAGCGCUAACAGUUAUGGCCUCCCCGGGCUACAAUGCUGCGGAUAAUGCAACAGCACUUGUCCCCUCACCUAACCGGGAUAUUGACUACACCACACUACUAUCGACCGCUGAAGUUAGCGGCUUACGACUGGGGGUAUUGAAUGGUUUCUUUAAUCGUUCCGAAUCGAGCGAGACUACACCUGUCAACAACGCGAUGGAUACGUUAUUGUCUAGAUUAGGAGCUGAGAAUGUGACGUUGAUCCCGAUCAAUGAGACCAUUUACGACGCGACUGCCAUUCAAGCUGCACUUGACGUUCAGCGCUACGAGUACCGCGAGCUUAUGGAGGAGUAUCUCCAGCGUCCAACACUUUCCGGCGAGCAUCCCAAUACGCUUAACGAGCUCUAUUCGCGUAAAGCAGUAAAUGGAUCUGGAGGCGAAUUUGUUGUUCUCCCGUCACAGUAUGAAUACGUCAACACCGCGCUUGGUUCUUCGACAAGUAACGAGACGUACAUCCAGCGUCAAAAUGGCAUUCGCAACCUCACCCUGGCGCUGCAGAAAACUUUCGCUGCAUACAAUAUCGACGCGAUUAUCUAUCCGGAGCAGAAGAACCUUGUUGUCAAGACUGGUGCUCCAUCACAGAGUGGGCGCAACGGCAUCUUGGCAGCGCUCACAGGCGCACCAGUUGUGACGGUACCAGUAGGUUUCAGCGAAUCAAGUGAAGAGGCACCCAUUGGCGUGCCUAUUGGCAUGGAGAUCCUAGGCAGGCCAUGGGAGGAGCAAAAGUUGCUGGGUAUCGGAUAUGCGAUUGAGCAGUUGAUGAAGGUCAGAAAGACACCCACUUGGGCGAAGGAGGUGGUGGAGGUACCGCACUACGAGAGUGUGCCGGCGAUCGUGCCGGACACGACGAACAUAAACAGCGCUUAUCCGUUAGGGACUUUGUAG